AUGAAGCUGGAAGCUGACUGCAGUGUAGCCACCUCAGAGGUCCCUAAGCCUGAAAAUGAGGCUGAGCCAGAUGCGAAGCUAGUCUCAGAACACCUGCCACAGGAGGCCAGGACGAAGUCCAAGCCAGGAUCUGGGCUCGAGACUGAGACUGAGCAGUUGGACCUCGUGAUGGCCACAGAACCGGAGUUUGAGGAGGUGCUGGCCAUCUCAGGAGGCAUCUACGGUGACCUUGACUAUCUUCCCAGCUGCUACCACAUCUGGCUCCAGGAUCCCAACCUCAUGGUGGUGCUGGCCAAGCGGCCUGGGGAGUCGGUGCACUUGAUCGAUGCGAAGAAGACCGCGCUGGUGGAGGGGCUGCGCCUGGCGCCCUGGGAGCGCGGUAAGGUGGCCUGCCUGCUGCAGCGCUUCUGCUCACAGCUGGUCAGGCGGCAGCACUCAGGGGUCAAGGCGGCACAGCCUUCCAGGGACGACCAGCGGGGCUCCCGGGAGCUGAGGAAAUACCGCCUAAACACCAAGCAGGGCAUCACUUUGCUCCAAUUCAGCACAUCCGUGCUUCUGGCAGGAGGGCUGCGGGCCUCUGGCACUUUUUCACUGCUGCCCACCCAGGCCCUGUCAAAAGCAGGUGGCGAUGUGGCAAGCCUUGCGAGCGUCAACGUCCUGUGCCAGCUCUUCCUGGCGCCCCAGUUGUGGUCGCAGCUGGCUUAUUUCUGCCAAGUUGGCUUGGGGCUUGAGCUGGUCAAAGGUUACACGAACCAGUACUUGCUUGGAGGCCACAUUUGAAGUCCCUACUAUUUGAGAAGAUGCCGCCCCCUUUCCCAGAUCCCCAGAAAGCCCUGACCUCAUUUGCAAGCUCCAUCCCCUCCCCUGCCCCCUAUCCUUUCCCACUGCUGGUCCCUCUUUCCUUCCCCCCUUACCUCUCCAUUGCCCACUGCCAGAUCAGAGCCACCCAGUUCGGUGGAGCCCCUUGCGCUGCCAGUGUCCACCCUUUCCCCUUCCUGGGCAAAGAACCUGUUCCGCCCUAGGCUUCGGAGAUUUUUCCUGUCCUUCCUGGCUUCUCCCUUCCGACAGUACCUCUCCAGGAGCGCAGCUGCCUCAAGCCCUCAGAGCUCGCCCGUUCUCCCCUCACUGCCCUGUGCCUUUAGAUCAGGGUCCUCUCCCUUUCCUCUGUACCCCCACCGUCCUCCUCCCUGGACCUCCCAGACACUUAGCUCCUUUUCCCCAUUAUGUCUUUAUCACCCACCCUGUAUGCAAUAUGGAAAGAGACCAGUAAAUGAAGUAGAUUUAUAAUGCUCCCCCUGUUUUGGACCCCUGUUUGCCCUCUGGUGAUGCACCUCUUGGAGCUGGCACCUCUGACUGGAGUUUCCUCCAAUUUUGCACUCUGUUGAUAUUUCACAGGCCCCCUCCUAAUGCCCACAACCAGUGGCAGAACCAGGGGGUUCAGGCUGGAGAACUUGGUGUAGGGGAGGGCAGGCCCCUCCGCCAGUGUGAGGCCGUCUUCUGAUUCUAACUAGGCUGCCUCCUAGUGAGACUGGAACCCCCACCUCCAGGUAUUUCUGGACACUCCUCCCUUUCUCUCAUUCCUUUAUGCUUUUUUGGACUUAGACAGUCCUUCUAUUUAAAUGCAAGCAGCAACAGCUGUGUUUGCACAGCGCUGUCUUCUACGCUGCAUCCUCACAUCUACUGUAGAGGGAGGAAACAGACCCAGAAAGAUCCAAGUGACUUCCCAGUCACUCACAGUAGCUGGGAGCCGCCUCGCAGGGACUAGAAGCCAAGUGUCCCAGGCCCAAAGCCUCAUUCUUUGAUGGUGAUAGCUUGAAACUACUUGUUGGACAAUGAACAGCUGCUAAGGACACAUGGACAGUGAGCACAGGGUUCACUGGGAUGGGAUCCAAGACAUGGGCGCCAGGAGGUGGGCGGUGGGCAAAGAGGAGCACCGCGCUUCACACUGUCCCCGUUCUGGCUCUGCCAUGCCCUCCUCUGCCUCCUGUGCCCGACCUGCUGCUACUCUCCCUGUCGCUUCACCCAAGGCUAUGUUGCAAUAAAAACGAUUUGUUAGUCCACCCUG